CAUAGUUCACUGUGCAACAAAGUUCAACAGCUGAUAUCAGCAGGUCAAAUUAAGAAUAAAUAAUUAUUUAUAAUUAAUAUUUUUAACAAAAAUAAUAGUACAAUGUAGUAAAUGGCAGUAUAAUGUGCUUAGUGCAAGUUUAGUGUUUAGCUUAUACUUGUACGGUGUGUGCGUAUUUUUUUGGUGAAGUUAACUUUUUCGGAUUUAUAACCUCAAAAAGUAAACAAACAAGUGCAAGCAAAAAUGGCGGUAGAAGGUGUGAUGGUGACAUACAACUACUCUGAUGAUGGAGAACUAGCCAAUAUUCUGACAGUCGCAGCAUCUGGUAUCAAAUAUUCCAACCGCUGGGUUCUCACACAUGGAUCUAUUCUCUCUCCUUUAAAACAGGCGAAAAUUAUAAAAGAAGCCAGAGGAAAGCCUAUAGUAAACGAUGAGUUUUACAACACAUUGCCAGAAAUCUAUGUGACAUGUGAAAAGGGCAAAUCGAAAGGGUCUAAUGUGUAUGAAGGAGUGGAGAGGCUGAGUAGAGAGAGGAACUUGGACAUCGAUACUGAUUUUGAGCAUAGCAGUUAUCAGGCGCGCGUGAUGACUGGCAGAAUAUGCCACCUCUGGCAGUGUCCCAUACUAGACCGGUGCGUGGACGACAUUCUAUACAGCUGGACGAUUGGCCAUCGAGAUGGUGAUGUGGAACGACAGACGCAGCUCGGCAAGGCUCUGCUCUCUGUGUUCGUGCUUAUUGACUUGGAGUGCGAUAAUACUGGAUUUAAGACUUUAAGGCCUUUAUCAGAGCUUCUAGAUUUGGUCCGACUGCCACCAGAACGGGGGACCAAUAUACAAGUUCAUUCCACACCGUUUGGAUGUGAGGUGUUUCUAAACGCAGUGACGCGCGGCUCGGUGUGCGGCGUGGUCGGCAAGCGGCCAUCUUUGUUGCUAACUGACGCAGCGACUGCGUUGGGCUCGGAGGGCGGGCCCGUGUUCACUGAUGGGCCUACUAGGGAGCUAGUAGGCGCAGUGGUGUGCAGCGUGUCGUGGUGGCGGGGCGAGUGGGUCGGGCUGACGCUAGCGGCGCCGCUGCGCUCGGUGCUGGCGGCCAAGCUGCGCGUGCCGCCCGCCGCCGCGCCGAGAGCGCCGCCGUCGCCGCUGCACAGCGACAUACUGGAGCGCAUCGACCGCGUGACGCUGCUGGUGCGGUGCGGCGCGGCGUGGGGCGCGGGCGUGUACCUCGGGGACGGGUUCGUCGUCACGUGCGCGCAUGUUGUCAAAAAUCACGCCUCUCACAAAGUAUCGCUAUACUGCCGCGGAGUGAAAGAGACGGCUAUAGUUCGGUACAAGAACGUAGAUGAUAAAGCGUAUGAUCUUGCGUUAUUGUUUACAAACCCUCAGUGUUGGACUCAUUUAUUACCAGCUGUGUUUCAUGAUGAGACUGUGGAAAAAGGCGAGUCAGUACUAGCGGCUGGCUACCCGUACUUCAACGAGAACAAUCUAGAAGAUCUAAAACCGACUGUAACGAGCGGCCAUGUUAACAACGUGUCGCCAUCUUUAAUACAGACGUCGUGUUGUGUGCAGUCUGGGUUUAGUGGCGGUCCAAUAUUCCAAAUAACAAACAACGCUCAAGUGCGAGUUCUCGGCAUCAUAGUGAGUAACGCUAAAACUGAAACAGGCGCGUGUUUCCCGUAUAUCAAUAUGGCGGUCCCUGCUAAGGCUUUUGUGCGACUUCUACAGCAGUUUAUUGAAGAUAGAGAUGAGAAGAAAUUAUUAGCAAUCGAAAAUAACAGAGAGAUGAUUCAAUCACAAUGGCGGUUACUUCCUUAUAGAUCGAAAAUAUAAAAAGAAUAUAUUAUAAGUAUUUUCUGAUAUUCUUACAUAUUGUAUAUUUAAAGUACUCUAUAAAUAAGAUUUUAUUUUACAUUUUUAUUACGUUAAAUAUGACAAAUGAUAAUUAACAAAUCAAUAUAAAUAAAAUAGGCCAGAAAAUGUGAUAUUUUUGUGAAUAGCUAAGUGUGACAGGGACCGCAUGAUGGUUAUUGCUAAUGUUAGAGUGAGACGGCGUGUAUAUCAAGUAGUUUUAUUUUUAAAUAUUUUAUAUUUUUAUAAAAAUAAUUGUACACAUUUUCUACGAUAACAUUAUAAGGAAAAGGCGUUGAUAAGUUAUAUUAGCGCUCCAGAAGCGGCACGUCGAAAUGUUGCUAAUUAGCCUCAUUUUACUCGUUAAAAAAUUAACGUAGUUGGUACAAUGUUAAAAAAAUUAUUCAGGAAUUAGUAAUUUUAAAAACAUGGAGGUAUUUAUGAAGUGUAUUAGUAAAUCGAUUGACUUUUUUUUUCGUAGGAAUCGCAGGUUCGAUUCCGUUCAAAUUAUUCAUUUAAUUAAAAAAAUUAUUGGAAAUUUAUUAAUGUUAAGUACUUGAAAAUAAUUUUUAAUUUUAAAAAAUGGGAUAAGGAUUAAGGAAAGUUGUGAAUCUAGUUAAUAUUUUUACAGAAAAUUGCAUUAUUAUUAUAUUGUUAAAGCGUGUUGGUGUUUUUUUUUUAUAAAUAGUAUUUUUAAGUUUUCUUAACUUUUGACAAAAGGAAUUUUAUACGAAACAAUAUAAAUGAAUUGUGAUAUAUUUUGUAUCGAUAUUAUAAUUAAAUUAUAUAUUUUUUA